GUAUAAACUUCCUCUCACAUUUAUGUUUGGAGUAUGCACGUGUUUUCUGAUUGUUAUUGAUACAAAUAUUUUAUCAGUCACGACAGAAGUAUUAGAACAUGAAUUGGCUUAACUAUGGGAAGAUAUCUUAUGUUUCUUCAGUAUCUUGGAACACGUUAUAGCGGGAUACAAGUCCAGCGAGUUGGUGGAUUUGCCAGACAUGAUGUAAAGACAGUUCAAGGAACUAUUGAGAGACAUUUGAAGAAACUACUGCCACCAUGGGAAUCCAACCUGUACCUCUCAAGCCGGACUGACAAGAAAGUUCAUGCCUACUGCAAUGCUGUCCAUUUUGAUUUCCAUCAUGAGAGUCGCCUGAAGGAGCAGAGUGACCUUGACCGUCUCAAGUUUAUUCUAAACAUUCAGCUCCACAAAGCAAAAGAAGACAUCAAGAUAUUGAGAAUUCAGCAGGUUCAUGACAACUUUGUGUCUCGAUACGCUGCUGGUCGCAAUUACUUGUAUCGACUUGCUGUUAUACCUGAAGAGUGUAGAUUCCAACAGGCCUUGUCAGUGGUUGAGAGAAACAGAAUCAGUGUAGUUCGGUCUCCUUUUGAUGUCGAUCUGUUUGUGAAGUCUGCAGAACUUCUCGCUGGAACUCACAACUUCUCUGCCUUCACAACUCUGAAAGGAACACAGUUUAAGAACCCUGUAAAGAAUGUUGUGAUAGGGCUGAGAGGAGGCCAGCCUGACCAGGGUGUGUGUCAGCAUCUCGAAGGAGUGAAAUGUAAUUUCUGGGAUGUCCAUAUUCAGGCCAAAUCCUUCCUGUAUCAUCAGAUCUGGAAUACAUACCGAAAUGAAGAGGACAAGACUGCAGGAGGAAUGUCUGCGACAGACACAAGCUCCAUGUCUGGUACAGAGAGGAUACAGGAAACUGUCUCGACUGAUGGGGAUGAAAAAUCUGUCACAGGAGAAAUUAAUCCACAUGAUGAAGGAGACAACCGACAACAGGCAGAGACAGGGGGAGACAACUCUGGGGGAGGCAACUCUUGGGAUAAUGGCAAUAAUGAUAUACUUAAAAAAUCAGUGGGAAAGGUCACAUGACAAUCUCUUUUCGUCUUUUUAGGUUUUUCUUUGAAGCUAUUAUCUGUUAGAAGUAAUGGAUUAACAGGCCACUAAGGGGCACCCAUUUUCCGCACAGAAGUUGUUGUUUUUAUCAACAGAUCUGUACAAGUUAGUUUUACCCCACCCCUCCACAACCUUUGGCCAGUAUGUACAGCUGGGACACCGAAUUGAGAAUCAAUGUAACUUUAUAUA